AUGGACCUUGCCGGCCAGUCGCUAGCUGACUCUAUUUUGCUCCAAAAGAUCGAUAAGCUUUUCGAAUGUAAUGUUGGUGAGCAUGUCGACUUACCCCAGCUCGUCGUUGUCGGUGACCAGUCCAGUGGGAAGAGCUCAGUACUGGAGGGAUUAACCAAGGUCAACUUCCCCCGCGACAGUGGCUUGUGUACCCGCUUCGCAACAAAGAUCACAUUUCGCCGGGAUUUGACCCUCACAGCGAGGGAAAUUUACGCCUCCAUUUUCCCCUCACCUGAAGUUGAUGAGAAUGAGAGACAGAAGCUACAGGCUUGGAAAGCUGCAGGUUUGCAGUCUCUAAGCAGCAAUGAGUUUUCUCAAAUGAUGCGCGAGGUUCAUGAGCAAAUGCGAAUCUCAACCCAGGACGGUGAUAACAAACCGACCUUCUCGAAGAACGUCCUUCAACUUGAGAUUCGCGGCCCUGAUGAAAGUCACCUCAGCGUGAUUGACGUCCCGGGAAUCUUCCAGAACACGACUGACCGGACAACCAAGGAGGACAUUGCUCUGGUCAAGAACAUGGCGCUGGAGUACAUGAAAAAGACCCGCUCGAUCAUACUGGCUGUUGUUCCAGCCAAUGUGGACCUUGCGACGCAGGCAAUCAUUGAAAUGGCACACGAUGAGGACCCCGAGGAGUUGAGAACGAUGAAGAUUAUGACGAAACCGGACCUCGUUGACAAAGGAGCAGAGCAAAAGGUGGUACACCUGAUCAACAAUGAGAACACCCAGGGUCUCGGCUGGGUCCUUGUUCGAAACCUAAGCCAAAAGGAGCUGAAUGAUGGAGAUGCGCACCGCGACCAAGCGGAAAAAAUCUUUGGCAUCAAGGCAUUGCAGAUCAAGCUUCAGGAAUUGCUCACGGCCACCGUGCGUCGGCAAUUUCCCAAGGUUCGUGAUGAGGUUGCAAAGUUGCUCAAAGAAACCAAGGAUGCGAUGGAAAUUCUGGGUGAUCGACGUGAUACACCAGAGAAGCAGAGAGGAGUUCUUCUCGAGAUUGUCGCCGCUUUUCAGGACAUAACAUCCAAUGCUAUAGCUACGAACUACGGGGCUCAUGAGAUUUUCGAAGCAAACAGGCUUGCUCGCUUGGCCACCGUGAUUUCCACCCGCAACAAUGAAUUUUCCGGCGAUAUUGGACUGUACGGGCAUUCAUAUGCGUUUGGCUCCAAGAGUAAGGGGGCGAGCACAAAUGACGCGAUCAACAGCAGCACUAGUGACAUACCAAACCGAUAUGUCAAAGAGAGCCUUGACGUUGAUGAUAUCAAAGAAAUUUUGGUCGAGCGCGAGGAUGUCCAGGCCCCUGAAAAACAUCAGAUCUUCGAAUGGGUCAGCAAAGCUUACGAAGAUGCCCGCGGCUUCGAGAUUGGCACUUUCAACCACACCAUUCUUUCAACUUUGAUGAAGCAGCAAACCGUGAAGUGGCCCACACUUUCUCGGGGCUAUGUCAGUGACAUUAUAUGCUACGUCCACAACUUUAUCCAGACGGUUCUUGGCCAAGUCUGCAAAAAUCGUCAGAUUUACUCCCGAAUUCUUUCGGUGCUUAGAGAGGAUCUGAUCCGACAAUACUGUCGUGCCAUAUCUAUGGUUGACUUCUUGCUUACAAUUGAGCGAAAAGGAACCCCGCUGACUUUGAAUCAUUACAUGAAUGAUAAUUUGGAAAAAUGCCGCCAACGACGACUUCGCGACAACAUUGCAUCGAAGACAAUCGACAACUGUAGUCAUGGAGAGGUGGUUAGGGUCGACGACCUAUUUACCCAUAAUCACAUGAGCAACGACAAGCACACAACGCACGAUAUCCAUGAUAUUCUGGAGGCAUACUACAAGGUGGCUCGGAAGAGGUUUGUGGACAAUGUCUGCAUGCAGGCCGUGGAUCAUCACCUGGUAACUGGGCCUGAAACACCCAUGAGAUUGCUUUCGCCGAAGUGGGUCAACAAGCUGUCUAACGAAGAGUUGGAGGCCAUCGCUGGGGAGGAGAUGGGCUCCAAGAGGAAGCGACGGCAGCUUAAGAAGAGGAUACAGGACCUGGAGGCUGGGAAGAAAGUGUUGCUGGCAUGA